AUGGCUCGCAUUAGCAAUGGUGUCUUUACAUUUAUAAACUCGUUGAUCUUGAUCUUAGGCCUUGUCUCUAUCGCCGCUUCUGCUUAUCUAAUGAUGCAUCACUCUUCCUCCUUGUGUCAAAAAGCCCUACAACUCCCCUUAUUUAUAUUGGGCGUCUCUUUAUUUGUGGUGUCAUUGCUAGGGCUAAUGGGAUCACUCUGUGAGAAGACUUUUUGGAUCAAGAUUCAUUCUUGCUUCAACUUUUUGUUGAUUGUUGGGCUCAUAUGUUUCACUGUUUUUGCAUUCAUUGUCACAAAUAAGGGUGCAGGCAAGGCCUUGUCAAGGAUAGGGUACAGGGAGUACAGGCUCGGAGAUUACUCAAAUUGGUUGAAGAAUCACUUUGUGAAUCAGAAUAACUGGGAUGAGAUCAGGAGUUGUUUGAUGGACGCUCAUGUUUGCCAGAGUCUUGAUAUUCAUUCUGAUGUUAAUCAACAGGUUGCGGAUUUUUACAAGACCAAAUUGUCUCCUGUACAGUCUGGUUGCUGCAAGCCCCCAGCAGACUGUGGAUUCGAAUAUAAGAAUGCAACAUUCUGGAUAGUGCCCGAGUCUGGCCCAGCAGUGCAAGACUCUGACUGUACCACAUGGAACAAUAACCAAAACAAGCAUUGCUACGACUGCAAUUCAUGUAAAGCUGGAUUUCUCGCCAACAUUAAGAAAGAAUGGAGGAUUUUGGCCAUCGUCCUCAUCUUUAUCACCGUUUUUCUCAUCAUCUUAUACUCCCUUGGUUGCUGUGCCAUCAGGAGCAUCCAUCAAUCCCAUUCCAAAUACUCCAAAUUUGGUCCUUAA